AUGUCUGAGAAACCACCAUACGUUGUCCCACCUACAGCCGACUCGGCUUCUACUGCCCGUCCUGCGACGUUCAUCUUUCUCCACGGUUAUGGGGACGACGCCGAAGGCCUCCCAUUGGGUCUUGCCCAACAGUUUCAGUUCUACAACAAGAUGCAGUACUUGAAAUGGGUCCUUCCGAAUGCGCCGCACAACCACGAAGCCAUGGCUCGAGCAUGGUACGUCCCCAAAGCCCUCCCUAAUGCGAUGAAGCCUCGAGUCCCCGGCCACGAAGACGAGGAGGAUGCCCUGGAUGACGAGGCUGGAAUUAUGAAGAGCGUGGAUAUGAUUGACCGACUUGUCGAGCAAGAGAUCAAGGGUGGCACACCUCCAGAGAGGAUUGUCGUCGGUGGAUUCAGUCAAGGUUGCGCAGUGAGCCUGGUCUGGGGUUUGACGGGAAGACUCAAGGACAAAGUCGCCGGAAUGCUCUGCUUGUCUGGGUAUUUGCCCCUACGGGACCGAAUAUCGGAGCUGAGGAAUGAGCGAGAGAAUAAGGACGGAAAGGACAACAAGGACAACAAAAAAUGGUUUUACGUCCACGGGACAAUGGACAUGUUGGUCCCUUCAAAAUUCUUCGUGCAAGGUAAGGAAGAACUGGUCAAAUGGGUUGAGAAGGACAAUGUCGAAGAGCAUUUAUACCAGGGCAUGGGACAUUCCACUAGUUCGGCCGAGCUGAGGGAUAUGCUGGCAUUUUUUGAAAAGGUCAUUCCAGAGUGA